UAAACGUUGACAUGUUUUUAGUCUAGUAAAAAUCAAGUUUUACUUUUUAAAUAUAUCGUAUAUAAUAACUGCAGCUUUAUUAUAACACAAAUAGUUGAUAUGAGCAAUAAAACAAAUUGUUUUAAAGAAAAAAAAUAAGCUCAAAAAUAUUCGAAGCAAUGGGAACAAGACGAAAACUUAAAAGAUUGGAUAGCUCCUGAUCCUACUGGUAACUGUCAAAAAGCUUAUUGUAAAUAUUGCCGUACUAUUUUAGUAGCACAUAAAAAAGAUUUAGGCAAGCAUGCGAUAUCAAUUAAACAUAAAAAUGCUGUUGAUAAACAAGCAAAAUUAUGUCGUCCAAUAAACGUGAUAAAACCUCCUAACAAUAAAGUUAAAGUUGCUGAACUUCAACUAGCCGCAUUUAUAGCAGAACAUACAUCAAUUAUCACAGUUGAUCACUUGACAGAAUUGUUGAAAAAAAUUGAACCGGAUUCGGAUGUUUUUAGUAAGUUGAAAUUGCAUCGAACCAAGUGUGCAGCACUUAUAAAAAAUAUUUUAGGCCCGUGUAUGCUCGAAGACUUAGUGAAUGAUAUGAAGGAAUCUCCCUACUCACUUAUUAUUGAUGAAAGCACUGAUAUAUCGACUGAAAAAAUUCUAUGCAUAAUGGUACGAUAUUUUUCUUUUAAAAAGAAAAAAUUAUUGACUACAUUUUAUCGUAUUGUAAAAAUAGUUGACGCAACUGCUAAUGGUAUUCAUUCGGCUUUAAAAUUACAAUUAGAAGCUGAUGGACUUUCUUUAAAAAAUUUAGUCGGUAUUGGAGUUGAUGGUGCAAAUGUGAUGGUCGGUGUGAACCAUUCUGUUUCAUCGCUUUUGAGACAAGAAGUACCUGAUAUUGUAAUUAUCAAAUGUAUCUGUCACUCUCUCCAUUUGUGCGCUGAAAAAGCUGCAGAAACAUUACCUCGCCAACUAGAAUAUCUUGUCAGAGAAGCUCACAAUUGGUUUUCCAAUAGUCCAAAUCGUAAGGAUGAUUAUAAAAAACUUUAUAAAGUCAUGAAUGGUGAUGAAGCUAAAAAGGAUCCGAAAAAAAUUGCUGGUCUGAGCGGGACUCGGUGGUUGGCUAGAUACUCUGCAAUUAAUACUAUUUUAGAGCAAUGGAAAGAGUUAAAACUACUAUUUGAAUUAGCUAAAAAUAAUGACAAAUGUUUACAAGCACAGUACUUAUAUGAUAUUAUGGUUUGUCCAGCGUAUAAAUUAUUUAUGAUUUUUUUGCAUUCAAAUUUAGAAUUAUUAACUAAUUUAAAUAAGCUAUUUCAAAGUAGUAACGUUGAAAUAUUUAAACUGCUAGAAGACUUAUUUUUGUUAUAUAAGAGUAUUCUGCAGAAAAUUGUGGUUCCAUCUCAACUGCCGAAAAUUAAGGACGACGAUCUAGUUAAUUUUAAAUUUCAAGACUAUCUAAUACAUACAUCAUCAGUUUUUUUUGGAUACAACUUUGAUCAAGCAGCUAAAUCAGUGCCAUCAAAUGAAAUAUCUAAUAUUCGAGCUCGGUGCAAAGAUUUUUUAGUGAAACUAUGUACUGAAAUUCAGGAACAAUUGCCUAUAAAUAUUUCUAUAUUGAAAUCAAUGAAUGUCUUGACAUCGACUUACGCUACAUCACAGAUAAAACCUGAUUUAUCCAAAUUGUUGGAACAAUUCACUAGGGAAUCAUUGUAUGGAUCAAAAGAUAAUAUUAUCAAAGAAUAGAACAUGUUAUCUCAUAAACAGUGGGAUAAUACGAAUGAAACAGUAUGAUUUUGGUCAGAAGUUUACGAGGAUCGUGAUUCAGGCGGUAAUAGAAGAUUUGAAAAUGUUUCUAAAUUUGCUUUAGCACUGUUAACUACUCCCAUUUCAAAUGCUGAUGUUGAGAGAGCAUUUUCCAUAUAUGCUGUGAUAAAGUAUAAAUUAAGGAACAAGUUAGCACUAGAAAUGGUUCAGAGUAUUAUGAUGGUUAAAUUUUCACUAAAACGAGAUUACGAACAGUGCACUUUAUUUGUGCCCACUAAAGAAAUACUGAGCAGAUACGGUACACAUGUAUGAUUUUAAAAACGACACUGAAAAAGUAAGUGAUGUAGAGUUUCAAGAACUGCUUAACAUAACGAAUGCAAUAUAGUUCAUUUAAAUAUGUGAUUUUAUAUGAUAAAGAAAUUUUUAUUUAUCAAUUUGUUAUUAACA